AUGCAAGGACCAGUUAGGCCAAGGAGGCCACAACAGCAAACUUCAAUGAGCAGUUUUGUAACAAGACCAAUAGAUCCAUUAAGACAAAGCAAACUUGAUGAGGCUCUGGUGAGAAUGAUUGCCUGUGACUUUCAGCCAUUUUCUAUAGUGGAGGACAAGGGCUUUAAGGAGUAUUCACAUCUUCUGGACCCGUCAUACAGUCUACCUAGCAGAAAAACACUAUCAAAAACUGUAAUGCCUAGGCUGUAUGACAAGUUAAGAGGUGAUAUAAUGGACAACAUCAAGAGUGCAUCUGCUGUUUGUCUCACAACAGACUGCUGGACCUCUUUGACUACAGAAAGUUACAUGACUGUGACAUGUCAUUUCAUAGAGUACUUUCAGAUGACCUCCUAUCUCCUGGACUGCUUUGUUUUGACAGAGAGACACACUGCUGCUCACCUGGCAAGUGAGCUGACAAGAGUUACAAAUGAAUGGGGUGCGGGUGACAAAAUUGUAGCUUGUGUUACAGACAAUGCCAGCAACAUUGUUUCAGCCCUGAACGACCAUCUCCACUGGGACCACAUACCUUGUUUCGCACAUAUGCUGAACCUCAUUGUCAGAGCUGCAUUGAAGGAGGUCCAAGCAAUAUUGCAAAAGGUCAAGACAAUAGUUGAAUACUUCCAUAGAAGUACAGUUGCUUCAGACAAGCUCAAGGCCACACAAAAACAGAUGGGUCAAGAGACGUUGCGGUUAAAACAGGAUGUGGCCACAAGGUGGAAUUCAACUUAUUACAUGUUGAAAAGAUUUACUGAAAUCAAAGAUCCAAUCAUCUCCACCCUGGCACUAACUAAUGCAUCUCUGCCAACCUUGUCACCAGAAGAAUGGAACAUUUCCAGAGAAAUUUUGGACAUUAUUAAGCCAUUUGAGGAGGUCACCACUGAAGUGAGUGCAGAAAAGUUUGUGACUGCCUCCAAAGUCAUUUUGAUGACAAGAGGUCUUCAGAGGAUUGUUGCACGAUAUCAAAGAAAUCCCUCUAGAUUUGACCCUGUUAAAAAACUAGUGGAUUCCCUGAUGUCAGAAAUGACCAAGAGGUUUGGCAAAGUGGAACACAUUGAGAAGCUUGCUGAUGCUACUUGCCUGGACCCAAGGUUCAAAAAGCAAGCUUUUGUCAAUCAGCAGGCAGCAGAAGAGACAGUAAAGAGGGUUACAGCAGCUGCAGCAGCUAUUAACCCAGCUCAGAGUGAGGAGGAGAAUACUUCAGAUCCUGGUGCGACUGUCAGUGCAGGGGCCAUGUUUUGGGAAGACUUUGACGAGAGGGUAGCAAGCUUGAGGCCUUCUGCUACCACUUCUAAGACAUCAGAUGCUAUGAUGGAGAUGCGGGCCUACCUUGCAGAGCCCCUCUUAUCCCGCACAUCAGACCCUCUGGCGUGGUGGAGGAGCUGUUCACCAGUAUACAAAACCCUUUCUGAGGUCAUGAAGGCAAGACUUUGCAUUGUGGCCACAUCUGUUCCAUCUGAAAGAAUUUUUUCUAAAACUGGGCAGAUUAUCUCAGAAAGAAGAAACAGACUCAGCCCAUCCAAGGUCCGGGAGCUUGUUUUUUUGAAUGCAAACAUGCCUUAA